AUGUCUACUAUCUACACUUCACGCUCUCCGCAAUACUUUGCGCGGCGAAACAAGCAGUCCUGGUACGCCGAAGUACACGGGAAAGAAUACUGCACAUACCUGAACCACGUCGAGAGCGACAGCACCGCCACACCGGAUGUUUGGGACGAUGACUUCGACAUGGAGGACAGCGACUUCGGGACGCGCCUCGAGCGAUACCGCACCACCCACGCUAUUGAGGAUUAUACAGACGACUAUAUAUUCGAUGACUCGUUCUUCGUUGAUUCCUCCUCAGACGAAGAGGAGUCCGGGUCUUCGGAGGAGGACGUCCCGAUGGCCGACGUGUUUGAGACGCGCUACUCUUCGUCUCCCUCCCUCACCAUUGCCCCCAGCACCAUCGAUAGCAUCGACGAGCCGGCUCCCGAGGUGUUCAUUUACACUGGCGUCGAUGCAGGCGUCGACGAGAUGGCAGUAGAGCUCAGCUCCACAGAGCACGCUGCCGAAGCCGUUCCACCCAAGGACCAGCACAACAAGCCCAAGUCUCGCGGCUGGGCGGCGCCGGGUCCAUCUCCCCUCCACUCCGCCGAAACCAUCAACGCCCCCGCGCGUAACAUGCGCCACGUCUUCAACGACGAAGACGACACCGGGUUCCCGCUCCUCCUGCGCUCCCUGCGCUCGCGCCUCCACGACGAGGAGGAGCUGAUGGCCGCCUCAGAGGCCGUCCCGCUCCUGCGCAUCCGGCCCACCCGCCGCGCCAAGCGCGUCGAUACGCCGCGCCUGCGCCCCAAGCUCUACAUCAAGCACGCGUUCGACUGGAUAUGCACGCUCGACUCGCUCGAGGCGUACGACUGCUCCGAGGGCACGCGCGCGUUUCUCCAGCGGCGCGUCGAGGGGUUCCUCAAGCACGGGGUCCCGGACAUGGGCGACGAGGAGGAGGUGCCGCCCCCGCCGAUGCGCGGCACCGCGCCCAGUGCUCCGCGCGAGGUCCUUACUGCAGAGAACUCCCCUUACUCGUAUAGGCCAGUCCAGGGGUACUGCGGAGAGGAGAAGGAGGCUUGGAACGGGCCGGCGUUGUCGGCGCGACGGGUCAUGCUCCUCACGGCAGCUCCGAGUCAGGGCGACGAUGAGGGUCAAGUACAGGGGGCGCACUUCGAGACGAUGUGGGUCCGUCUGGACCCGAAGGCAGUAAUAUUUUGGAAGAGGACCCGCUCUGCGCUGAACUUGCAGGCUUGA